AUGGCAAGCUGCGAACCCGGAGCGGACAAUACAUUUGGCCCGGUGGUAGCCUCCUGUGCUCGAUCCUUUGACUUCACCCUCCUCUUCGAGCAAAGCAUUCUCUCCAUUGUUCCCAAUGCUGUCUUCCUGCUCUUUGCGGCCUCACGCCUAUGGGUUCUACUUCAUGUACCAAUCCGUACUACCAAGCAUGGAUGGGCAUCGAUUGCCAAAGUUACAGUCGCCUGUUUGUUGGUCAUCAUCCAGCUGGUACUCUUGUUGCUGUACACCGUGGCGACGUCCAUUGAAAAGACCACCUCCCUUGCUGCAACUGUACUGGCAAUGUGCGUCGCAAUACUGGUUGCUCCUCUGUCAUACCUCGAACAUCAUCGUUCUGUUCGACCUUCGACACUUCUCAACUCCUACCUUGCCCUCUCAAUUAUUCUUGACAUCCCUCAAGUCCGCACACUAUACCUGUUACAAGGUCAUGGUGAUCUUGCAGGGGUAUUUUCCGCUGCGGUAGGCGUCAAAGCUGUCAUGCUCCUCCUUGAGGCAUGGAGCAAGAGGAGCUCUCUCAAUAUGCAGUACCAAGCGCUGCCAGUGGAAACCACUAGCAGUAUCCUGAGCCGCGGCCUGUUCGUCUGGAUGAAUAGCUUGUUCAUUCAAGGGUUUAGGAAAGUGAUCUCUUUCGAAGAUCUCGGCGCAAUCGAUAACAAGCUCGACUCUGCAACUAUUCAUCGACGAAUACACAAUGAGUGGUCAAAGCAAGAUCGCCAUCUGAGAUGGCCUCUCCUCCGGUCCCUAUGGCGAGCGCUUCGGUGGUCUAUCUUGUCGACAAUACCGGCCCGGCUCUGUUACAGCGGGUUCAUCUUCGCUCAACCAUUCCUCAUUCGUCGAGCCACUGAUUACUUAGCUCAAUCACGGACAGCAAAUGACAUCGGCUACGGUCUCAUAGCAGCUACAGGCUGUAUCUACGUGGGAAUAGCGAUAUCGACCGCUUUCUACAAGCAUCAGCUCUACCGGCAUAUUACCUUGGCCAGAGGCGCCCUGGUCGCACUCAUAUACUCUGAGACGCUCUCCACGGAGCAGACCCUUGGUGAUCCCUCGGCUGUCCUGACGCUGAUGAGCACCGACGUGGACCGGAUCUGCCAAAGUCUCAAUAUGCUGCCGGAUCUUUGGUCUCGACCCCUGGAGCUCGUUGUUGGGACUACUCUGCUAGCAUUGCAAAUAGGCUGGGUGUCUGCUGUACCGCUAAUUGUUGUCCUUCUCAGCAUCACCGCCGAUUCCAGAGUCACCAUGAUGAUCGGUGGAAAGGUCAGGAUAUGGAACGAUGCGGUCCAACAGAGAAUCUCCUUAACGGCUGACGUUUUGGGCUCCCUGAGAAUUAUCAAAACCCUGGGGCUCACCAGACCCAUACACACGAUGCUGCAAAGCGAAAGACUGCGCGAAUUGCGCUUCCAAGUAAAGUUUCGUCACUCGACUGUUUGGCUGAAUACCUUGGGAAACGUACCGACCGCUCUUGCUGCAGCAGUAACCUUCAUCGCAUAUGCAAUCAAGGCUAGAGUUGAGGGUUCUGCCUCGCUAAAUGCCUCUGACGCCUUCACCAGUCUUGCUCUCAUCUCUUUGGUCACAACCCCUGCCGCCGAGAUACUGACAGCUUAUCCCGCUGCAGCCUCAUGCAUUGGCUGUCUUAGCAGGAUCGAGGCACAUUUAAUGAAACCCCAAGCUCAUGGCCCGGUUCGAGACGUCACCGAAAUGGGGGAUAUAUCGAAAAAGCCAACCUCAGGCGACUCAGGUAUAUCUCUUUCCAAGUUCAGAAUGCUCGACGGCUCUGAUGACAUUCUUCGAAAUCUGGGUUCGAUUCUCCCUCCUGGCAGCGUCACCUUCAUUCUUGGGCCGAGCGGCUCAGGUAAAUCCACAUUUUUGAGGGCUGUGGUGAGUGAGCUUCGUCACUCUGAGCCAAUGCGGUCGAGGGGAGGACUUGUCUACUGCGAACAAACCCCAUGGCUCUUUACAGGUACUGUACGGGAGAAUAUUUGCGGCGCCAAUGUUGAAACUUUCGAUGAGGACUGGUAUCAGACCAUCGUUGCUGCAUGUGCUCUCCACAGAGAACUAGUUUCACUGCCACGCGGCGAUCUGACACACAUUGACGGGCAAGGUGCCAUUCUAAAUGGAGGUCAGAAACAGCGCAUCGUGCUUGCUCGUGCCCUGUAUCAGCGGCCUCGAUUCAUCGUGCUUGACAACCUCCUCAGUGCUUCCGGCCUGCAAACACAACGGAUGGUUAUGAAGAGAUUACUGGGCCGGGAUGGACUGCUACGAAAGCUCCAUGCGACUGCGGUUAUUGCUGCCCCAACCGCGCGCUAUGCAGCGAUUGCGGACAACUUGAUCACGAUUGAUGGUGAAAGAACCGUCAGCCUGGUCCAGAAAACAGCGAGAAUGCACGAGAGCAUUUUCGAGACUGAUGCAGAUGAACCUGAACAUAUCACGGAAUCGAAAACAACAGGCACUGUCGACGAAAGGGACAAAGCCCUUGAAGAUGCUCCCCAAUCCAACAUGGCAGAACGACUUCGUCGCAAUGACAGUGACUUCUCGGACUACGCAUAUUAUUUCAAGAGCAUGAGCUGGACAUGGGUCGUUCUGUUCUUCCUAUCAGCCACGGUACAGACGGUUUGCUAUUACAUGUCCCAAGUCAUCCUGCAGUGGUGGACCGCAGAUGGCGGGCUUGAUAUUGCGAAAUGGACACCCCCCUAUCUCAUCCUAGCGUGCGGCAAUGCCGUAUUCUUCGGCGUCACCGUCUGCGCAAUGUUCCUCAAGCUGGUGCCGGAAUCCUCGGCGAACUUGCAUCGAACACUCCUCGACACCGUGACAAACGCGACUUAUCUGUUCCUGGCAAAGGCCGACGUCGGCGUGUUGCUCAACAGGUUCAGCCAGGACAUGACUCUGAUCGAGAACCAACUCCCCACGGGCGUGCUCUGCACGACGAUCUAUCUUUUCUGGACCGUGGGAUCCCUGGCGCUGAUAUGCAAUGGCUCGAGGUGGAUGGCGCUGACUGUCCCGGCGGUCCUGCUCACGCUGUUCUUCAUCCAGUGGAUCUAUCUCCGAACGUCCCGUCGACUUCGAGUCAUCGAGCUUGAACUCCGGAGCCCGCUGUAUUCCCACUUCCUCGAGACGAUCAAGGGGCUCAACAGCAUCAGGAGCCUUCACUGGGAGCGACAGUUUACCGAGUCGAUGAUUAAGAAGCUCGACGACUCGCAGAUCCCUUACUACCUCCUCUACUGCGCACAACGGUGGCUCCAACUGGUUCUGGACCUGGUCAUAGCCGCACUGGCUUUGAUCGUGAUGACCCUGUCCGUCAACCUGCGCACAUCCACUAACCCGGGUUCCCUCGGUCUUUCUCUCAACAACAUCCUGAGCUUCAACGAAAUCUUGUCUACUCUGCUUCAGUACUGGACACUAUUGGAGAUCUCACUGGGGUCGAUAGCGCGCAUUCGAGAGUUUGAAACCGACACACCGGAAGAGAAGACACCCUCAAUCCGCGCCCAAAUCCCGCCUCCUUGGCCGACUCACGGCAGCAUCGAGCUCCGCAACGUCACUGCGGGUUACAGUACGGCCAACGACGCCCUCGACAACAUCACAAUGUCCAUCGAGCCAGGCGAAAUGAUAGGGAUCUGCGGCCGUCCAGGGAGCGGCAAGACUUCCCUCCUCCUCAGCAUCUCCCGACUGUUGGAAUUAUCACAAGGCUCGAUCACCAUCGACGGUAUCAAUCUCAGCACCAUCCCUCACGGAGUGGUCCGAGAACGCAUCAUCACCGUCCCCAAAGAACCCUUUCUCGUCCAGCAGAGAACAAUCCGAUUCAACAUCGAUCCCAGCGGCGAGCACAGCGACGCACAAAUCAUCUCUGCAUUCGCCAAAGUCCUUCUUUGGGGGACGCUCGAGAAGAAAGGCGGGCUGGACACGCUCGUCACUUCGGAGUUGCUGUCCCAGAGCGAGAAGCAGCUUUUCAGUCUGGCCCGGGCCAUCCUCCGCAAGAUGAAACACGACCCCGACAGCAGCGACGCUGCCAAAAGUGAAGAAAAGCAAAAACACCCCGAAUCACACGGCCACGGCGUGCUGCUCCUCGACGAACCCCUCAACCGCCUCGACCCGACCAGGGCGAAAGCCAUGUGGCGCGUGAUUCGGGACGAGUUUUCGGGUUACACGGUCGUGGCCGUCGCUGGACCUCAGCCUCAACAGCGGCUCGACUCCGUUCUGGUGGACAGUGAUCGCGUCGCUGUCAUGGAGGGUGGACGGCUUGUCGAGUUUGACAGACCCGGAGUUCUUCUUGCUGAGAGGUCUUCGGCAUUUAUGAAGUUUUAUGGGACAGGUGUUGCGAAGGAGGAUGAGGAAAUGUGGGAUUGA